AGCGGUGUCGGCGCUUCCUCGACGCUCACUGCUCGUCGACCCGUCGAGCAAUCGAGACCGGGUGGUACCGGACCGGAGAAAAAAAAGAGAGAGAGAGAGAGAGAGUUUUUAAACAAUUGUCUAUCCGUCGGUCGACCUAGAAAAAGGAAGAUACUGACGUCCCGGGUCGUUCGACCGUGCGUUUUGUGCUAAACGGAUUAAGCCGAAUCGGGAAGAUGGAGAAAGAACAGUCGGACUCCCUGGCGACUGUCGCUGUCAUCUCGGAGAAGAUGCCGCAGACUCACAGCCACUAUGCGCCAAGCGAGGUCUACUCCACCACCGAGCCACCACCGGCGUACAUGAGACCGCCGAUGAAAAGCACGGCGGUGCAGAUCGCCAGGAUCGCCGGUAUUACUCUGAUCACGAUGUCGGUCGUGCUCGGUAGCUUUAUCCUGGCGGCGUCCUGGGUCCAGGCUAGAGCUUCCUGCACGCCGGAAGCGAUCGCAGCGAUGCAGGCCGAGUUGAAGCUUCAACAGCAGCAGGCCUACGGGUCGUAUCAGCCGCAGGGUGAAUUCCUCAAGCAUUUGCAGCCGGAGGCUCUGGUGCAGGAACCCGUAGAAUCGAAGGAUUCUCUGCAAAGUCUCGCUGCACCAGCGAAGAAGGAAGUCGACUCGGAUACUAAGGACAUAAAAACUCAAGGAGAAGGAGAAAACAGCUCGAAAUCUGACAGCGAGAAUGGCGAUCGCGACGAUGAUGAUGAUGAUUACGAUGACGAUGAAUUCCCUCCUGUGCACAUCAAACUUCCUCUUCAGUUGGAUCUCGACGACAUUGCAGGCACGUUAAUUCAACAAGCUCGUAGCAGAGUUUCCUGUGUGGUUGAAAGACGGCGAGCCGACGAGGUGAUGGACGGAACCGGUGACAACGGUUUAGAUAACAGUACCGAUCCACAGCGUUUCCAAAGACUAAGUGGCGAGCGAGUUGCAAUUCUCUGCGAGUCGGGCAGUCCAAACCAGGAGCAGCAGGAGCAAGAGAUGCUUACUCCAAUCAUCGUGCCCCUAGGCACCGUACAAAUUCCCCUCCAGUCCCAGGAACCUAACCCGGGCUACCAUCAAUACCAAAUACAUACCCAGUAUCAAGUUCCCGAUAUGCAGCAAUUGCCGCUUAGCGACCCACGAGGAUUGAAUCACAUCCCGCCGGGUGUACUUCCUCCUGAACUUCGUAACCUUCCUCAGUUGACUAUGGAGAUGCGACCGCCUCGAAUGGGUCCGCAGCCGCCUAUGGGACCUCAAAAUAACCCGAUGGGACCACAAAUCGAUAUGCGCCAGAUCCCUAUCGAGCUGCGUCACUUCCCGAUGGAUCCGAUGAGAGGAAUGCGACCGAUGGCUCAGGAGCCUCGCCAGGAACCGCAACAGAUUUCGAUGGUGUAUCAGCAGCAGGCCGAGCAAGGUCCUAAUACUUACAAUCAAGAGCAAGGCCCAGCUAUGAUGCCGCCACCCCCUCCGCAAGCCGAAGCGCAGGAGCAAGACCCGAGAAUGCAGCAGAUUCCACCUAUGAUGAUCCCGCAGACCGAGCAGAGGCCACCUGUUGCACCUCAGGCUACGCCUGAAAAGCCACGCUCUCCCUUCCAGGGCAUUCCCAUAGAAAUCAGAAGAAUAAUUCAGCAAGUACCGUUGGAGAUUAAGAACAUCAUCCAGCAUAUCACUGGCGAAGUUCGGGCUAUUCCGGUUCAAGUACCAGAGGGGGCACGUCGCGAGGAACUCAAACCGUUCCCGGAAGGCGCGCGACCCAUACCAUUCCCAGGACCAUUCCCACUUCCGGUGGAAGUGAGAAAUUUGAUUGAACAUGGAAACAUCGAAGGUCGUCAACGCCCGGAUGGUGGCGAAGAGCAACAGGAAACGAAGCCUUUCCCAGGUCCGGAGGAUGACAGCGAUGAAGAGAGAAACUUCCCCAUUCCUAUGGAGAUCCGCAAUAUAAUUCACCAGGUUGUCGAAGGUCGUGCUUUCCCAGUUCCGAGAAUUGCAUUGAGACCGGUCAAAUCCAUGGAGGUACCGGUAGAGGCGCAUGCUGAAGUGACCGAUGACCAGUCCACUGAACAACAACAGCCCGAACAUCGGGAACAGGAGCAACAACAAGCGGCACAUCUGAUAAGUAUUCAACAGCAUCAGCAGCAGCAGCAACAGCAGCAGCAGCAGCAGCAGCCGCCACAGCAGCAACAGCAGCAGCAAUCCAUCCAGGAGGAGGAAUCUCGCCCGCAUUAUGUGCAACCACGCUCGGUGCGCUCCGUCCCAGAAGAAUUCCUGCAUCGUCGCGAAAAGCGCGUGCGUCGUUGUGCCUGUGAUUGCGCGUGCUAAAGGAUGCAGUCGAUUGCGUCCAUCAUGGGCGGAACAAAUUGUCAAAAGAGUCCGCCCGAGAUAAAAUUAAAAGUUCUUAAAAACGCACGCCAUCCAAGCACACUUUGGUCGGAAGUUCGCUGCAGUUUCGACAAGUGAAGCGAAACACAAGAAAAAUAGUUGGAGUAUAUUUUCAUCGGCGUUAUAAUCGCUGCAAAUACAUCGAAUCGCAUUAAAGUACUUUCAUCAUUAUAACAAAUCACGAUAACCGAGUAACUUUUCUGCAGGUUGACCCAAGUUCCACAUGGCUGGAGCGUUGGAUAAAAAACAAAGAAUCUGGAAUUAUAUUAACAAACUGCAUUUACGAUAAAGUAUUUGUACGAAAUUGAUAGUAUUUUUAUCUCACGCGGUAGAUAAGUAUUAAUCGAAGCAUACAGUUGAUAAUUAAAAAUAAGCGUGCUUAUCGAGGAAUAAUAUCUUGGUUUAACACAUAAUUGAUUACAGAGUAUUUUCCCUUCUUUAUUGGCUUAUAAUGCGAGAUUAAAACCGUUUAUAAACGUAACAGUUACAUAUAUUGAGACACAUUUCAUCAACAAGUUGCGAAUUGUUGACAAGAAAGGAAUUGUUGAUAGGCAUGGGUGAUACUUUCCAAAUCAAUUUAAUUGACUACAUCGUUAUAUUCUCUUUUAUAGAGAGAAAGAAUGCGAAGAUAGCUUAGAAAUCUGUGAUUCUCCUAUAGAAAUCCCUGUGAAAACGCGCUUCUCAUGCAAUGCGGCACACAGGCACGCAUGGUCAAAGAUCAUUAAUAAUUAAAAUUUCUGUACAAUAAUUGUCUUUUACAUUCCGUUAUUAACUUUAUAUUUUUGUUUAUUUCCUUAUUGUACCCCCGCCUCGCCUUUUAAAGUGAUAGAGGAAAAUUAAGGUAGAGAUUCUUUUACGUAAAAGACAUAAUUUAAAUUUCUCAAGAGUAUUCUUGAAUAACACUUUAGUUUAACUGGUUAUUUACAAAUGUAUUCCUGUACAUUGUUUACGCCUAUCGAAAAUUAAUUUAAGCUUUACGUGUUUUAUUGAUUUAUAUUCUGUAUUACAUGUUUUUUUUUCUUUCUCAUGACAAGUAAUAAAGUGAUACGAUAUUGAUUAGACUUAAUUGAUAUCUUAUAACAAUCCGAAUGCAUAAUAUGUAAUAGAGAAAUAAACACACACACGCACACAUAUAUAUCAAAAUAUAAGAACAAAUAAAAUAAAUUUUAUUACAAAAGAAUUUAUAGAAAGUCAAUUAAUUUCUAUUAAUUUUUCUCUUUUCUUGUUCGUUUAAUCUUUAUCAUUGCUUAUAAUUAAAUUAAUAAUAAAAAUAUGUAGUAAAAGGCAUAGCAAAUAACGAAAUAGUAUCUGCUUUUACAUAACAAACAUGCACAAUAAAACGGAAAUGUAACAAAUAACUCUAUCACCAUUAAUUGUACUACAAGUAUUUGCCGCAUGACGAGAUUUAAUAAAUAAUCAACGAAAACACAAAA